AUGGGAAGCGCCCCUGGGGGCCCCUCCAGGGGAAUGCCCCACUCGCCCCACCCAAAGGUUGGCAAUGGUGACGAGAAUAUAGAUGAGCGGCCUGGGUUCGGGGUACCCAAACCAUGGAAUGGAGACGAGUGAUUCCUUGCUACAUCACUACCACUCCUUGUGACAGUGGGCCAAUCAGCAUUAAGAAUUAUCUUGAUGCAAUAAUGCUCCCAAAGCCUAUUUCCAAACAAAAAUCAAUACAAAACAAUGCAUAGAUAUUUUGUGGAAAAGAAGAAAAAUGUAACCAUCUAUCCGCAGUUAGGGAUUUCAAUUCUUAAACUUGCUCGUCUUUUAUUAGAAUGCACAUUCGAAAUAGUUACUACACCUUGGCAACCGCACAUCUUAUUUAUUUUAAUAUUUGUUUUAAUUACAAUAUCAUAUAUAAUAUAUCAAAGAAAAUACGCAAAAACAAGUGAUCCUUGUAAAAAUUGGACUAUGAGCUCCCGAAAAGAAAAGAAGCCGGUAAAUUUCAUGUUAAAUCGGAAGCUCCUUGGAGCUCCUUAUUGGCCGAAUAAACCGAAAAGAAUAAAAUUCUUUUGAUGUUGUAUAAAAGAUGGUUUACGAGUUGGGCUUAGCCGCUGUACAUAUCCUGUUUAAGUCCAAGAUGGAAUCAUCUCAAAACGAUUGGAGAAGAUAACACAAUACUUAAUUGAUAUACAAUGUGGCUAUUGAGCCUUCGCCAGCAAGCCAUAAAUUAAUUGAUCAUGGUCACUCAAAGACCAAUAGGAAUCCUUUAUCCUGCCCCUUUCUGUACUUUUGUUAGAUAAAAGUUUUGUUAUCAAUAUAUUACUUAUUUAAAUGUUGAUUAUUUUUAUAUUUCUAUAAGAGUGUACAAUCUUCAUCACGCUCUUGUGCACUUAUUUAACAUUUCCAAUUGCAUUUCAAUGAACGAAAUUAACAUUCUCACAUUAAUGGCACAAAAUCUUUGAAAUUAUAAAAUGUUAAAGUACAAAUAGUUGUAACAGUGAUAAUUUUGUCUGUAAAGUUUACAUUCAUCUUCCACAAUAUUUAACAUUGAAAAUAUAUACAUUAAUUUGUCUUUUUUUAGACUUUGUUAGAAUUAAUCAAGAGCUUGAGAAUGGGCACUAUACCCACUCUUUAUUAUAAUUAGGAUUUAUUCACUUCUAUUAAAAGUUAUCACUCUUGAUUAUUAUUGAUGUAGAUACCUUGAUUAAACUGAUUUUAAAAUGAUAUUGAGUUUUAAAAUGCCAUACUUACAGGAAUCCGUUAAGUUUUAUACUAAACACAUUGAAAGGAAAGGACACAGACAUGAAGUCAAAUUUUAUUAUUCUCAGUUCCGUCCUACCAGUAUAGCUAUCAGUAGUUGUUUCCUGAAACUUUUGCGAGCAGGCAAUAAGGAACUGUAAGAAUAGAAAUCAAAACCCACUUUCCGCUAAAGGGUUUUAAUAUUUGACGGAUACCAGUAAUAAUAUAAGAUAUCUCUUUAGUUAGUUAGUGUGUCUCUAAAAAAACAUGAAACAUAUUUCAUGUUUAUUUUUCUUCUAGGCAUAAGAUAAAAGCAAAAUUUUAAAGAAUAUCUUAAGGCAUAGAUAUAUACAAAUAUUAGGGAUCCUUCAAUCACCAUUUUAUGUAAUUUUGCAAGGAUAAGGAUACGCUCCUUACAAGGUUAAGUUUUAAACAAAUAAUACGCGGUCACUGCUUCAACUAUUUGUAUUUCUAUGAGUAUCUUUCCUUACAAUUAUUAGAUAUUUAUAUUUUUUGUAUUUUUUUAGAAACUAGAGAAACUUUGUAAUUAAAAACGAAAAAAAAAAAUACCACUUUUUCUGUACACUUGACAAUUAUUUUAGUUUGUUUAAUCAUAGAUAUACAGACGACCAUGGAAUUUGAAUGUAAUAAUCUAUAAAUCCAACCUUACGAACUUGAAACCAUAUUGAUUAUUUUAAUAAAAAUAUGGUCCAUAACAUAAGUUAAAGUUCAGACAACGUUUAUAUUUUUAGAGUUCCUAUAUUUUUUUCUAUUUUUAUUUUCUUUCUAUUUUUUUUUUUGUAACAAGAAUAUUAGAUAUAUGAUAAGUGGGGAACUUUAUAAAUUUAAAGUUUUAUUUAUUUGUAUUAACAUUUUGUAAAUAAGACAACUUCUUGUAAAUGUAAAAAACAAAGUUUGAACAGACCUAUUUGUCAUGAAAAUACUAAAAAUUUAAAAAAUAAAUAAAGAUAAACUUCGUAGCCUAUGAACAUGUUUGAGUAAGUAUAAAUGACAAAAAUACCUGAUUUUUUUUUUAUAUUAAAUUUUUAAAUAAUAUCAAACAGUAAGAAAAAUAUAAAUUAGGAAAUUUCAAUCAUACAAAUGCAGACCAAAUAUACAAUAGCUUUCAAUAGAAUUAAUUAAUACACCAUUCUAAUUUUGUUCUAAAGGAACUAGCCUUGAAUAAUACAUUUUCUAUAUUUAUUUUAUUGUUUUGUUUGGUCGGAGAAAAUAUUUUAUUUCGUGGUACAAAAUAUGUAUGAAAUAAUUAAUGGAAAGCGAGCUGUAAUAUAAUAUUUUAAGAUGGAAUUAUUCGCUGGAUCCGCUAUAGAAGAGGUUGGUAACCAUGAUUAAAUAAAAACGAAAUAAAUUCCGUCUCAUUAAUUCGAAAAAGUGGUCAUCAAAUCCGGAGUUUAUUUAACUAUGUGUAUAUGUACAUAUACAUAAUGUAUAUACAGAUAAUCUAUUUGAAUCUUCAAGAUUCCUUAGCAGCUUUAGCCUUACUUUAUGCUCAUGUUAUUUAUUAUUUUAUUUAAUUAAUUAUUUUUGGUUUUGAAGAGAAUCCCACUCAUAGAUUUGUAAUAUUUUUGUCUUUAAGCCGCUUUCUAAAUAAUUCAUUAGUGAAUACCAAACCUUUGUUUGUAAAUACAAAAAUAUUUUUAGAAGAUAUUAAGUUUAUAGAGGUUGUAUGUACUUGGCUGUCAAUUUUAAAGUUUAAAGAGCUUGUAUACUUACGUACUACUUGUAAUUCAGCUCAAACAUUAAAAUUCUUACAUAUAAUAUCUGUUUAUUAAUAAUUUAUGUAGCCAAUAGGCUGAUAGCGAUGAUGCAACAAACAACCAGAGAUUGCUACUCUGAGUACGGAGGGCCAAUCAUUUUACUCAAAUUGAAUCACUAUUAUGAAUUCAAUGACUACUUCAGUUAAUCGGUUGACAUCAGCUGAAGUUGACAUCAAUUCAAUUUGUUGACACUCGGCAGAGGUGAGUAUUUGAGUAAAAUACUUGGCCCACAGUACUCCUGCAACUCCCACUCAAAGCGAACAAAUGCAGGUUUUCCAGGAUGAAAUGUUCUGGAUUCUAUUGCUUAUAUUAAGCACUUUAUUAACCUGCUGUAGUAUUAAUAAACUGUAAUAAAUAGUGUACCCUUAUUUAUUUAAAGAAAUGUUCAUGUAUAGUGGAUAAUUUAGAAAAGUUUUAACCAUAAAUAUGCCAAAUUCUAUAAAAUGCACUUAUGCACCCUGUAUAUAUUUACUUUUAACUUUUUUUUUUACUUGAAAUGAGUUAACAUGUAUUAAAAUAAAAACAUGAUUUAAACUAAACUAGUUUUAUAAAAGCUAAAAUGGUGAUGUCAUUAGGCAAAUAUUAUAUUAAAGAUUAUUAGAUUAUUUGCCCAUUAAAAAAAGAAUGUACCAACUAUCACAUGGCUUCCAUGAAUAAAUAUUGUAAAUAAAUGUUCAUAUUAUAUCUAAAUAUUAA